GCGGAAAUUUACGGGACGCCAAGCCCUGGGGAUCCUCGGGGACCCGGCUCGGCGGAAUUCGCGUUCCCGAUUUAUCGAUCUGGUGGCUCGCAGCCCGCGGGACGCCGCCCGGACGUCCGUAAUCGCCGUUCGAACGGCGAUCGCGAGCGUGUCGGGUUUAAAAUUUCAAAAAUGUCCAACACACGAUUCAAGCGGGACGGCCGUGAUUCUUCUCUCUUACGCCUGGGCGACGUCGUCCCGAAUCGGGCGGCGAAUUAUUCGUCCUUUGUAUCUCGACGAGCCGAUACUCACGACGAUCCCGCGAUACGAAUCCGAUGCUUUGCUCGAUCCUGCGCCCAGUCUGUUACCAAACACUCGUGUUUGGUUAUGUCACUUUUCCUCUUACGCCGUACGAAUAGUUUGUACGGUCGAUAUUUUCUACGGCCAAUCUUUCAUCGAUACCAUGUGAAUCUGCAGAAGCACUGUUAUCUAUAAAAAAUGGUGGAUAUUUAGCAAUUGAUGAAAUCAAAACGGAAGUUAUUGAUGAUGAGACGAUGGAAAUGGAUGAGCAACAGAUUUUAAAUCAUUCAAUAGAUGAACAGAUGGAUCAACAAAUGGAUCAACAAAUGGAUCGGCAAAUGGAUCAGCAAAUGGAUCAUCAAAUAGAUCAACAAAUAGAUCAACAGAUGGAUCAACAGAUGGAUGCUGAAGAACCUGAACCGAUACCAGAACUUGGACCAGCGGCUCUUGGUCUACAAAGAGUAGGCACUCAACCACCUGUUAAACCAAGUCUCCCGACACAACCAGUGCAGGUGUUAAAUCGCAGAGGAAUGCCUGCAAGAAUUAGAAAAAAGAACAAGUUGUUUUAUGAUGAUGUUUUAAUAAAUCAUCCACAUCAUAGGAUUAAGAAGGACCCAAUGAGUGCAGAGGCAAAACAGUCUCCUAAAAAGAUGUUGCGUCCAUCACCAUUGAAAAGACACACCAAGUUAUUGAAUGAACCGAAAAAAAGUACAAGUAGUUCACAACCGUCAACUCCCAUAACUACUCCUAUCAAGCAGGAGAAGGGUUCUGAUAAGUUAUCACAACCUUCAUCACCAGAUAGAAAAAUAGGGCAAAAAAUUGGUAUGAGACUGAGAAAUUUAUUAAAAUUGCCAAAGGCACAUAAAUGGGUUUGUUACGAGUGGUUUUACAGCAAUAUUGAUAAAAUAUUAUUCGAGGGCGAUAACGACUUCAUGAUAUGUCUGAAAGAAUCAUUUCCACAAUUAAAAACUCGCAAACUUACACGUGUAGAAUGGUGCAAGAUUAGAAGAAUGAUGGGCAAACCACGAAGAUGUUCACAAUCGUUCUUUGAAGAAGAGAGACGCGAAUUAGAAAGAAAACGACAGAAGAUACGAAUGCUGCAACAGAGAAAAACUGCAGAUAUAAAUAGCUUUAAGGAUUUGCCACCUGAAAUACCGUUGCAAUUAGUAAUUGGUACAAAAGUGACGGCAAGAUUGAGAAAACCUCAGGAUGGUUUAUUCACCGGAAGUAUCGACGCCGUCGAUACUAGCAAUAAUACUUACAGAAUCACGUUUGAGAGAGCUGGACUCGGAACGCAUAGUGUUCCGGAUUAUGAAGUUUUGUCGAACGAACCACCGGAAACAAUCAGCGUUGCAUCAUUCGCUCAGAAAUUCAGACCGCGGCCUUUACAAUAUGUACCUUCACCACCAUAUGCAAUGAAGCUAUCUCCACGAUUAACUAACGAUCCUUUGAUAUCCAAUGCAUCUGUGUCUAUACCAAAGAAGCAUAUUGGUGGCACAAUGAAUGGUUAUCCAUUGAAGUUACUCGAAUUUAUGGUAAAGGUGAAUAAGAUACUCGCAAAUAAGAAGAUUAAAAUUAAAAAAUUGAAAGAAAUGAACGGGGAAGCUGAAAAGAGACGUUCUUUUGGAGAACCAUUACCUCCUGAUUUUGAAAGAAGAUAUGCAGGACUUGUCGUCGAAUUAGAAAGAAUGAAUGGAGCAUUACAAGAUUUUUUGAAUGAUAUACAAGAAUUGUGUCAGGAAAUGGCGCCCGAACCUAGCGUGGCGGCGAUGUUAGCUCCAUCGCAUCUCCGAGAAAAAUGUAAGCAAGAAGCUGUGGAUAUGGUCGCUAGAAAUAAUAUGAUAAAUGAUAAAGCACCAGGAAAGAUGAAUCAAUUGGUAACAGAUUUGACUGCGCUGAUGUUACAAGUAAAGAGCUUAUCAGAUUCCGAUCGAAACGCAUACGAGCUCAAAGUGUUGCAAGGUACUAUGGAGCAGAUAAGAUCAAAACUUAGUCCACAGAAUCAACAAGUAUUUCAAAAUUGUAUAGAAAUUCAUAUGCAGCAUAUUCAACUAGGCCUAGGACAGAUGGGUGCUCUAACACCGUUUAUGGCUCAAAGAACUUGAAACCAUUUAUACAUAUAUUGUAUCGUAUAACAUUCUCACGAAACAUAUAAUAGUACAAUUGGUGAACAGUACAGGCGAUCACAGCAUCAUAAUUUUUAUAAAAAAAUUAGCUGAUUAUUUUCUUCUCUUGUAUAGGCCAUAUUAAUAAUAUAUUGUUAUGUAAAUUA